AAAAUUGCCUGCCUGCCUUUGUGUCACCUUUCAACACUUUAAUAAAUAUCAGGGCUCUCCUUUGACUUUAAGCUAUCUUCUUUUUCGCCAUGAGUCGCUUUUCUGGCCUGUUCAGCAGCUUAUGGUCCCCGCGGCCUUCACAAGACCAGACCCCAGAAGAGGAAGAUGUUACUGUGCGGGUUCUAGGCGCAAGAGGAUCCGGCAAGACAAGCUUUCUAUACAAACUGUAUUUUAAGCAUGCAGUAGGCACGCCUGAUGAAGCCUUUGAUGUCGUCCGCACCGAUCAGCAUAACGUCGAGUCCAUUCCGUACCUGAAUCAAAUGUAUGAAAUCUGGGAAUACGCAGAAAUGGCUCAAAGUAUACCCCACUUAUCCAAAACCAAUGUCAUCAUUUUCUUUGUCGACUCGGUCAAAUGCAGUCAUCCGACUGUAGCGGAGAAAGCGCGCGACAACAUGUUAUGGUUACUCACACAAUAUGGCGACAAGCUUACUGACGCCAUCAUCAUCACGGUGGCCAAUAAGCAGGAUGAAAAAGAUGCUGUGAGUGCACAAGAUAUAGGCGACGAGUGGAUGAAGGAUAUAAGAUUGAGGGAAGCUCUCAAUGGCCAUCAGUGGAGAAUUUUCCCUUGUUCGGCCAAAACAGGAGAUGGAUUGGAUGCCAUCCUCAAUUACCUCAGUUCCACCAUAGAAAAUCGACAAUUGCUUCGAUUGUCUGUUUCUUCAGCUCCUCAACCUUUCGUAACCAACCUCGAUCGACACUCUUCAUCUUCCAGAUUGCCACCGGGUGCAGUGGCAAGACCCGCUGGCCAAUCACCUAGCCCCGUCGAUGAGGACGAUGAAGAUAUCAGAAGGAAACUUCGUCAUCAGAGUUUAGCGGAUUUUGCUCCCACCAGUCGAGAACGGCCAUUGUCGCAGGCGAGAAUGCCAAUCACACCAUGGGAAGAUAUGCCCAACCCAUACCAUUUAAGCGAUCAAGAUUUUAAGAAUUGGUAUGAUCAAGGCCGGGUGUUUCUGUUCUUCGAUUACCAAUCCUUGAUAAGGAUAUCUUAUAUCUACUUGCGACAAAUUGAACGGACGCAUGAGCGACGAAGUGAAGCGACUCGUCGACUGUUAAACAACCUUCGCGUCAUCCUUCGAAGCAUCGAACUUUUUGAACAAGAUGCUAAGCAAGCAAGUCAAAAUGAUCGUAAUCAAAGGGCCACUACUGAAUUUGCUCAUGAAUGCAUUACUUACUCGGAGACACAGACCUUGUUUUGGCUACACAUGGUCUCUUACUGCUUGAUGCGCAAUCCCGUCCUUGAAGGAGAGGAUGUUUCUUUCGAACACUUUGUUCUUCGUUGUCCUGAAUUAUGGGAUGGUGAACUUUGGAGAAACUAUUACAGCUACAAGACGUUCCACUCUGAGCGUGGUCAUUUGGAAUUCAUAGCUCCUGACAAGAAGCCAUUACCCAAUGCCUUCAAGUCAUCGUCACUCGCGUUAAAGGGUAGUGGAUUGAACAUUGACUACCAGAUUGUAUCGUAGACUAGACUGGACUAGACAUGAUUCCCAUUAGACCCUUAUAGACAUUAAUGAUCAUUA